GAGAAGUAGCAGCAAACUUUCUCCAUUUUCCUCCAGAAAUAUAGGAAAUCCAUGGUGUUUCAGAAAUGUCUUUCAUAACUGAGGAGUUAAGAAAUGCCCCUUACGGGAACUACAUUUGCCAUAUGUUUCAGGGAGGUAUGUUGCUGUGACUUGCAUGGAAAUACACAGCUGCGUGCAUUUUCAUGGCUCAUGGGCUGAUCGAUCACCUCUUCAUGAAGCUGCAUUCCAAGGGCGCCUCUUAUCUUUGAAAACCUUGAUUGCACAGGGAUUCAAUGUAAACCUUGUGACAAUAGACCGAGUUUCUGCUCUCCAUGACGCCUGCCUUGGUGGCCAUGUUGCUUGUGCAAAAGUUUUACUGGAGAAUGGUGCUCGAGUCAAUGCAGUCACUGUUGAUGGGAUCACUCCUCUAUUUAAUGCCUGCUGCAGUGGCAGUGCGGCUUGUGUCAACAUGCUGCUUGAAUUUGGAGCCAAGGCACAGCUAGGGAAUCAUCUUGCUUCACCCAUUCAUGAAGCAGUAAAGAGAGGCCACAGAGAGUGUAUGGAAAUUCUUGUGGCUAAUGAUGUUGAUAUUGACCAAGACCAUUCUCAGCAUGGAACACCACUGUACAUGGCCUGCACGUAUCAAAGGAUGGACUGUGUCAAGAAGCUUCUAGAAUUAGGAGCCAGUGUUGACUUGGGUAAAGGAUUGGACACCCCACUUCAUGCUGCAGCUAGGAAAUCCAGUGCAGAAGUUGUUAACUUGUUAACAGAUUAUGGUGCUAGCUUGAAGUGCAGGAAUGCUGAAUUCAAAUGUGCCCUUGAACUUGCAGCCCCCAAUAGCAAAGUGGAACAGGCACUUUUGCUUCGGGAAGGUCCUGCCAGCCUUGCCCAGCUGUGUCGGCUGUGUAUCAGAAAAUGUCUGGGCCGAUCGUGUCUUUAUGCAGUGCAUAGACUUCUACUUCCUGAACCACUUGAAAAAUUUAUUUUAUAUCGGUAACUCUAUGAGUGUCUACAGGCUGAUUUUAAACAGGAGGAAUACAUGGUUGUUUUACCCUGAACAAGCCAUGGUGAAAACAAAGACAUCACUUACUGUUUACUAAAGGUCCCAAACCACUAGCUGUUGAUAUAACAAUACUUCCCUUCAUACUCCUAUUUGUUGAUGCCCAUCAAGACAUUUUUCUGUAGCACAUUGUAUGAUACCAUAGAAAUGGCAGCCUCGCACCUUGGUGUUAAAUCCUACUUGCAGAGGUGUAACAGGGAAGCUGUGUGCCCUGGGAAGCCUCAGUGCAUGGAGUAGUGUGGCUCCUGUUGCACCAAUGGUGGCAGAAUAGCCAGCUGUUCUAUAGCAGCAGCAGCAGCUAUUUUUGAACCCAUUCCCUCCCACCCCAGUUAUGCUACUGUCUAAUGAUGUUGUUUUACAAAUUUGAAAUAUACAGAUGGCUGAUUUUCUAGGGAGAUGUAUGUGUUGAUACACAUAUGCCUUCUGCCUUAAAUGUGGUCCAGUUAAAUCAGCCUAUCCACCUCUCUUCUGUUUCAAGUUCAGCAAAAGUAUGCAUGGGUUUCAAGCUCUUGAGAGUUUAUUAAAAUCCUCACUGUAAAAUGGCAGAAGGGCAGAGGUGUCCAUUCAGAUUGGGUGUUUGUCCCCCUAUGCUUUCUGUUUGUUGGAUGUUGGUGACAGCUGGUAGAUUUGUAAGCUCUUUUUUACCUAGGGUGUAAUUAGCUUGUGGAACUCUUUUUGCCACAAGGUGUUGUAGAGGUUGAUUCAUUUAACUAUGCUCAAAAGAGGAUCAGACAAAUUCAUACAGGAUUAGGGAGCAUAAGGUCAUAGGAAAGUAGAGCUGGAGAAGACUUCAAAGGUCAUCUAGGCCCCCUGCUUAAAGCAGGACCAUCCUGACUAAACCAUCUUAGCCAAGUGUCUGUCCAGCUUGCUCUUGAAAUCUUCCAAGGAUGGAGAUUCCACAACUCCUCCAGGUAGCCUGUACCAGUGCUUGACCACCCUCACAGUCAAAAAGUUCCUUCUAAUCUCCAACCUAAAUUUCCCCUGCUGCACCUUGAAGCCAUCGCUCCUAGUCUUGUCCCCUAUCACCUAGGGGAAAAACCUAUCUCCAUCUCCUUUGAAAACUGUUAUCAAAUACCCUCUCAGUCUUCUCUUCUCUAGACUAAAUAAUCCUAGUUCUUUAAAUCUUGGUUCUGAGGCCCCUAAUAAUUUUUGUUGCUCUGCACUGGAUUCAUUCCAAUCUGUCCACAUCCUUUUGAAAAGUGGAGCCCAAAACUGGUGAAGCUGAGGUUGUGCUGAAUUGAGCGGAUCACUUCCCUCAAUUUGCAAGUGAAAUUCUUGUUAAUACAACCCCGGAUGCUGUUGGCUUUUUUUGGAACAAGAGCGUGCUGUUCGCUCAUAUUCAAUUUAUCAUCCACUGUAAUCCCUGGGUCCUUUUCUGCAGUGUUGCAGCCCAGCCAGUCAUUGUCUAGUCUGUAUUUGUGCCUGCAAUUAUUUUGUCCCAAGUACAGGACUUUGCAGUUGACCUUGUUGAAUCUCAUCUGAUUGAUUGCAGACCAUUUCUCCAGUCUUAUCCAGUCAAUCAGUGGACAUAAACAUUACAGUUAGGGAUGUAGACUUCAAAUUAGGGCAUUUUAGGACCUUGAAUACUGUAAGCUGUAAAGGAAGAAGAGCAGGGAGCAGAUUGGUCUGGAUUGACUCCACAUAAAUACUAUUUUCCUUUAGUAUCCAUACUCUAUUCCUGUGGAAGACAGGAUACUGAAAUAAAUGGGCCUGUAGUCUGAUCCAAUACACCUCUGCUUAUGUUCUCUUUGGUUUUUGCCAAAUGUAUGUCCCGUGCCUUUAUUCCUCCCAUUUAUAGUUUAAAAGUUGAAGGACUAGAGCAAACAUGGUAGAACUAAGAGUCAGAAGGCCCCAAGACUAUCAAAUAUACUAAACUUAGAGUUUAUAACAAGUGAAGAUCCAGUGGGUAUUGGGAUGGCAGAAGGCUGUUGACUUUGUCUUUCCGGGAGCUGUUAGGUUAGUGUGAGGAGUGCUUCUUCAAGGCCUGAGUCUGGUAUAUUUUUGGCCAAGAAUAGGGGAGCCAUGACUCAUUUUGAUUAAACAAAACUGGAAAGGGUUUCCAGCUCCAUUUUUUUUACCCAAAUGUCAAGGUCUGAGAAAAAAAGAUAUUUUACACCCAUGGGCAACAGGUUUCAAUAUAGAUCACAAACUCUAGUACAUGUUUUCAGUGGCUGCGUCUACACAUUCAUUAAUGCUCAAUGGUUACCGUGCAUUUAAUUUAGUGCUUGUAUAAGUACUACAUAAAUGUGGAGUAAGCAAAGUUACUGCACAGUAGU